AUGCUCACUCCCUCUUUUAGAAGAGUUUUAUGUCCUCUGGAGUGGUCUGUUCUGGGGUUGGUGGGACAGAUGAGUGCUGCUAGUAGCUGACUCCUUUUGCCAUUUGAAGUUGACUCCUGGCAUCCCCUGCCUGCCAUGAGGGGACCGUGGGUGCCCGAACAUGUUACCACCACCAGCUCUGUACUGCUGUGGGUAGCACUGUUGUGUCUAGCUCCAGCCAGCAGGAGUAAUGGUCCACCAAGGACAGUACUGACACUGCAACCCUCAUGGUUUAAUGUACCGCAAGGGGACAAUGUAAGUUUGAAUUGUGAAGUGUUCCAGAUCUCUGGGCAUCAUUCCACUGAAUGGCUCCACAAUGGGUCAGCUCUCCCCAUCCACCAGGACUCCUACACCAUCCCAACUGUAAACGUGGAGGACAGUGGGGAGUACCAGUGCAGGACAGAACAGACUGCUCUCAGAAACUCUGUGAAACUACAGGUCUUUUCAGACUGGCUGCCACUCCAAGUAGAAAGGUUAGAAUUCAUGGAAGGUGACACUAUGAUCCUGAGGUACCACAGCUGGAAGAGCAAACCACUGCACAAAGUCACAUACUACCACAACGACGAAGCCUUAAAGUUUGACUAUCAGACUUUCAACUAUGUUGUCUCUCAAACGAACCAUACUCACAGCCGAUCCUACUACUGUCAGGGGAACAUGGGGCAUUCUACUCAUCUAUCCCCAACUGUGGUUAUCACUGUCCACAGUAAGGAGACCUACCCAAGACAUUUGAGGGGGAGAGAUAGACACCUAGGACCAAGAUUGUGUGGUUCUUAUGGCAUGGACACUGAAAUGCUAGAAAGAGAUAGUAGGAAUAAUUGUCAUUUAGGGAGCAUGUUUAGGUUUAUGAAGCAUUUUUCAUACAUGUUUCAUUUGAUCUCCACUUAAAACACCCAACCCAGAGGCAUUAUUAUUCCUAUUAUUAUCAUUUGGAAGGUACCAAAUUGAGGCUCAGAGAGCUGCGACAUCUCCAAGAUCACACAGCAGCAGGACCUGAAUUUGCGUCUUCCUUAUUCCAAGCCCAGCACUUGACACCCUAUGCCAUACCACCUCUCUCAGUAAUUCCAGUUGAGGGAAAGAGCCAUGGAGAGUCAUGGCAGUCCCACUAUGUGGCGAUCAGGUCAGAUGUGUUGGGAUAGCCACAGGUCCAAUUCCUCUAUGCUCACCUGCUUUAGAGACCACAACUCCCAAGUGAAAUUUUAAGAAGAUAGCUUUUCAGUGACUCUUGAGCUGAACCCAGAUUAUCAAUAGAACCCCCUAAGUAGAGGGAGAAGAUCAUCCAGUUAUAUAGUUUAUGAAGUUCUCCUAGGACCCCCCAACCCAUCCUCUAUCAUCUCCUAAGCCAUGUCCAUAGUUCUGUAUCCAGGUAGAAAUUGCGUGAGCCUGGGCAAAAGGCCUCUUCUUGUAAGAAAGGCCUGAGGAGUGUUCUUCCAGUUCUUGGAGCUCCUCUGCCAGGUUGUAAGUGAAGGCCUCUGUCAGUAGAGUGAAGGAGCCUGGAUCAAUUCAACAAAAAUAUACAAGCAUUUAUUAAGUGUCCGGUCCUGUACUGUGUUAAACAGUGUGGGUACAAAGAAAGAAAAAACAGUCUGUGACUUUAAGGAGCUUACAAUCUAAUGGGGGAGAUAACAUCCAAGCAACAGUGUAAGAGUUAUUUGGAGCUCAACUUGUAGGGAAGGUAGCAGAAUCAAGGGAGACUAGGAAAGGCUUCUUUCUUGCAGAAGGUGGGAUUGGAGCUGAGACUUAAAAGAAGCCAGGAAAGCCAGGAGCCUAAGACUAGGAGAGUGCUUGGCUGCUGAAGAUAAGGGAGGAGAAAAGGGGAAGUUGGGGCAAGGCUGAUUUAGCACUAGUGGAGGGGAAGGAGAGGGUAGAGGUAGGGAAGAAGAAAACACUGAGUAUUUUGACAUCUCUCUCCCAAGAUCAGGAGGGAAGCUGAGCCCUGCAAAAGUGUGUGUAAUAACAUUUUUCCUGGUGCUUUUUGUUGCGAUAAUUGUGGCUGUUGCCCUGUAUUACUAGAAACCAGGUAUGCAGUUCCAUUCAGUUUUUUAUGUAAUGGGCUCUCUUCUUGGCCAAUAUUCCAACCCUAUCCUUCCCCAGACCCUGGAUUUUUUCCCUGGUCUAGGGAAUCCCCAGCCAUAUGCAUACCUGUAACUGUGAGAUUCUUUAAUACAACAGGGGAAUUUUUUUUAUCCCACAGAUGCCGGAGUUGAGAGCUUGGAGACAAAGUUUUACACUGGGUGACCUCUGAGACACAACCCUAGUUAUUUCACUUAGCUAUUAGCAUUCUGGCCUCUUUGGACAAUCUUCUUAAUUUAAUAGGACCACUUCCUUUUCAUUGGGUUGGGAUUAUCCCAACUGGAUUCUUCAAUGGUUCCCUUAAGUGAGAGACAGAAUGUAUUUGAGGUGGUGGAAAUGGGAAAGCAAUGCUUGAAAUUUCAUAGGAUCAGAGAUUUAGAGCAGGAAGGGAUCUUCUAGGUCAGACAACAGCUGUGUGACUGUUUGCCUACGCUCCUCAUUUGUAAAGUGAGCUGGAGAAGAAAAUGACAAACCACUCCAAUAUUUUUGUCAAGAA